AGCAAGCUCCCGGAAGUGCCGGCGUCCUGUGUAGGUAUCCGCAUGUUCUGCCAGGGAACCAGGACGGAGUGAGCAAGAUGUCGAUCCUUAAGGCUCCGGAGGAUAAAAAGGGCGGCGGCGACAGCGACAGCGACAGCGACGAUUCCUCCCGGGACCUCCGUAGCGUUCUGGUCACCAGUGUGCUCAACCUCGAGCCGCUGGACGAGGAUCUUUUCAGAGGCAGGCAUUACUGGGUACCUACCACCCAGCGGCUCUUUGGGGGUCAGAUCGUGGGCCAGGCCCUGGUGGCUGCAGCCAAGUCUGUGAGUGAAGAUGUCAAUGUGCACUCCCUACACUGCUACUUUGUUCGGGCAGGGGACCCAAAGGUGCCAGUGCUAUACCAGGUGGAGCGGACACGAACAGGGGCAAGCUUCUCUGUGCGCUCCGUGAAGGCCGUGCAGCAUGGCAAACCCAUCUUCAUCUUCCAAGCCUCCUUCCAGAAGGUCCAGCCCAGCCCUGUCCAGCACCAGUUCUCUAUGCCCACUGUGCCCCCACCAGAAGAGCUGCUUGACCACGAGGCCCUCAUUGGUCCGUAUUUAAGAGACCCUAACCUCCAAGAGAAGUACCGAGUGGGGCUCAACCGAAUUACUGCCCAGGAGGUACCCAUUGAGAUCAAGAUAGUAAGCCCACUCACCCUGGGCCAGCUUCAGAGAAUGGAGCCCAAACAGAUGUUCUGGGUGCGGGUCCGGGGCUAUAUUGGGGAGGGCGACAUCAAGAUGCACUGCUGUGUGGCUGCUUAUAUCUCUGACUAUGCCUUCCUGGGCACGGCACUGCUGCCCCAUCAGUGGAAGUAUAAGGUGCACUUCAUGGCCUCGCUGGACCACUCCAUGUGGUUCCAUGCCCCCUUCCGCGCUGACCAGUGGAUGCUUUACGAGUUUGAGAGCCACUGGGCUGGUGGCUCGCGGGGACUGGUCCACGGGCGACUCUGGCGUCAGGAUGGCGUGUUAGCUGCAUCCUGUGCCCAGGAAGGUGUAAUCCGAGUAAAGCCCAGAGUCUCAAACAGCAAGCUGUAGCCAGAAGUGCCAGCUUAGCCUGAGGUCUCAAGGAUCUGUCUUCUACACCAUUCCAGAAGCGGGAAACAGAGUCAGGGGCUGGGCCUUUGGCCUUCACAUCCAAUAAAGAGACUGUGAUACCA